AUGAAUCAGACCUGGUCCCUGCCCUUGAAUCCGGGAGAUGCCGUGAGGGUGAACAGUUGUACCAGGGCGCUGAGGGCCUUCUAUGUGGCUGGCUCUGGGCAUGGGAAGAUCCACAAAUGUCAGUUCCGUGAGCACGGGGACUUUGCUCACCACUUGAUAUCCACGGCCCAGCACCUGGGAGACGCUCAGCAAGGGCCGGCGGGCCGGGCGGGCGGCCGCGCCCUGCGGGUGCUGGUGGACAUGGACGGCGUGCUGGCCGACUUCGAGGGCGGCUUCCUCAGCAAGUUCCGCGCGCGCUUCCCCGAACAGCCCUUCAUCGCGCUGGAGGACCGGCGCGGCUUCUGGGUGUCGGAGCAGUACGGCCGCCUGCAGCCUGGGCUGAGCGAGAAGGCCAUCAGCAUAUGGGAGUCGGAGAAUUUCUUUUUUGACCUUGAGCCUCUACCAGGGGCUGUGGAAGCUGUGAAGCAGAUGGCCAACCUAGAAAACACUGACGUCUUCAUCUGCACGAGCCCCAUCCAGAUGUACAAGUACUGUCCCUAUGAGAAGUACGCCUGGGUGGAGAAGCACUUCGGCCCUGACUUCCUGGAGCAGAUUGUGCUGACCAGAGACAAGACCGUGGUCUCUGCCGACCUUCUCAUAGACGACCGGCCGGACGUCACAGGGGCGGAGCCGAACCCCAGCUGGGAGCACGUCCUCUUCACCGCCUGCCACAACCGGCACGUGCAGCUGCAGCCCCCCCGCCGCAGGCUGCUCUCGUGGGCGGACGACUGGAAGGCCAUUCUGGACAGCAAGCGGCCCCGCUGAGCUGGACUGUGCUUCGGGCUCCUCUGCGGGCCCCUGACCUCAGGGCUCCCAGCUCAGGGCC